AUGUCGAUGACGGGGAGUAGAGCAGAAAGUGGAAUCAAGGAGAGGAAGCACGGAAACAGGACUAACGAGAGGAUCCGACUAACAGAGAACAAACGAGGACUAGAUCAGAAGCAGGAAAAGAAGGACGACGCGAAGGGAGGAGUUUUAGGAAAUUGGAAGAUUGUGAUGCGGCGGACGAGAGGGAGCCUCUAA